AUGACGACAAAACGACACUCUUUCCUCAUCCGGGACAUUCUCGGCGACCCGGAAAAAUCCGUGACCCCUAAACACCCACCCCCGGAGGAGCCGGCCCUGACCACUUCCCCAGGGUCACUCAACCUGCACACACCGUCCCCGUCGCUGACCCCACCCUCCCCGGCUGCUCACCCCAAACAGAUGCCCAACUACGGCUCCACACACACGGCUUUCAGAGCCGGAUCGCUGGCUUUUCCGGUCUUCCCCUACCCGGCCCACACCGGACACCACCCCUAUGUGGGCUACUCACCUAUGGCCGGCAGCUUUCUACCAAGAGUACCAGCUUGCUUCUCUCACAUCGACCCCUACAUCGAAGCCAGAGGGGAGAACUCGGGCUACUCCUUGCCGAUUCCGCUUCCGGUGUACAUCAGAACGAGGUCGCCCUCCGGGUCGGAGAGUUUCGCCAAGCCUAAAAAGUGCAGGCGGAGCCGGACAGUCUUCACAGAAUUACAGUUGAUGGGUUUGGAGAAAAGGUUCGAGGGUCAGAAGUACCUUUCAACACCUGACCGUUUAGACCUGGCCGAGUCCCUGGGGUUAUCGCAGAUACAGGUGAAGACGUGGUACCAGAACCGCCGCAUGAAAUGGAAGAAACAGGUUUUACAAAAAGGCGCCAAAGAAGCACCUACCAAACCCAAAGGGCGCCCGAAAAAAGAUUCGCUGGACGAAAGUGCCGACUCGGACCUCGACGUUGACGACAGCGAUUCGCGUGACGUCACGAGCGCUGACGUCACAGCGCCGUCAAACUCGCCGAUGAGAUCGCCGACCUUGUCAGACGACGGCGAUGUGACGUCACGGGAAACACGUGAUCACCCUUGCAAGGACCAAUCACAAAGCAGCUUUCCAGACCGACAUUG